AGAUUAAAUAAAUCCGGCGCCAUAUUCAUAGUGAUUUAUGGCUGACGCGCACACUUUAUUACAACAACUCCAUCAAUGGAAGCUUCCAUUUCUUGAAUUUCUCAAACUUUUACUAAAUUCCUCUCCGGCGGUGGAACCCUUGUAAUCUUCAACGCAUUUCCUUAAUUCUUACAUAAAUAAAGAAAUCCCUUCUGUACUGCUGAAAGUUUCUUCUUCUCAUCGGAGUAGAUAUGCCGAGCUUAAUUGUCAAAGUUUACAGCUUACUCUUCAAGUAUAACCUUAAUCGCCGAUUACAAACACUAGUCCAAUCCCCAAUUUCACACCCUUUUAACGGUGUCGUCUCACGCGCCGAUGAAUCGAUUAUCACUUCUAACCCUAGUUUCUCUACCGACGGUGUUGCAACUAAGGACCUGCAUAUUGAUUCUUUAACUUCUCUAUCUCUCAGGAUUUACCUCCCUCAAUCUGCACUUAUUUCGUUGAGAAAUUCGGAAUCCGGUGAAGGGGUUUAUGGGGGUUAUGUACCGGAAAAAAAUGGGAAAAAUUGCAAGAAAUUGCCGGUGAUUUUGCAGUUUCAUGGUGGUGCUUGGGUGACUGGGGGUAUUGAUACGGUUUCUAAUGAUGUUUUUUGUAGGAAAUUGGCGAAAUCUUGUGAUGCUAUUGUGAUUGCUGUUGGGUAUAGGUUGGCCCCGGAGAGUAGAUUUCCGGCUGCGUUUGAAGAUGGGGUUGCGGCGAUUAAGUGGUUAGGGAAGCAAGCUAACUUGGCGGAAUGUAGUAGGUCGAGUUUGGAUAAGAGGAUUGUUAAUGGAGAGAAGCAUAGGGGAAGGCAAAUUGUGGAUGGAUUUGGGGCUUCUAUGGUUGAGCCUUGGUUAGCAGCUCAUCUAGAUCCUUCAAGGUGUGUUCUCCUUGGAGUAAGCUGCGGAGCCAACAUUGCUAAUUAUGUUGCACGAUAUGCUGUUGAGGCAGGGAAAUUUUUGGAUCCUAUAAAAGUUGUGGCUCAAAUUCUUAUGUACCCUUUCUUCAUUGGAAAUAUUCCUACGCAUUCAGAGAUGAAACUGGCAAACUCUUACCUCUACGACAAGGCUACAUGCAUUCUUGCUUGGAAACUUUUCCUCCCGGAAACAGAUUUCAAUCUGGACCAUCUAGCUGCUAAUCCCCUUAAACCAGGAAACGAGAAACCCUUGGACUUGAAGCAUAUGCCACCCACGCUUACAGUGGUCGCUCAGUAUGAUUGGAUGCGAGACAGGGCUAUUGCUUAUUCAGAAGAACUUCGAAGAGUGAAUGUUGAUGCCCCUCUUCUUGAUUACAAGGAUGCUGUGCAUGACUUUGCUACCCUUAACGUGCUUCAGAAAACGCCUAAAGCUCAGGCUUGCUUAGAGGACAUCUCGAUUUGGGUCAAAAAGUAUAUAUCCCUCAGAGGCAAUGAAUUUUCAUAUUGAGUGAAGAAUCAGAGAGGAGACGGCACAGGUUCCUGCUCUUAGGGUAUCUGCCUACCUCCUUUCAUUACAUAUUUAGUUUCAAAGUGAGAUUUUUGUUUCAAUUUUUGUCCCUGGUUAUAUUGUUUCAUUUAUUAGUUCAUGAUCAUUCUUUUAUAUACAAAAUAUGUAGACUAUAGUGAUGUACAUAGCUUAAGACUUCAGAAGAAACACUGAAAUUUAAUGUAAAUUUGGAAAAUUUGCUCUUUAAUGUAAAGCGUUUCCCUUUCCGGUUU